UUCCCCUAAAUCCCAGACUUCCUAGUACCUUGCAGUGUGUUUGUAUUUGUCUGUCUUUCCCGCUUGCCUUCUGGAAAUCAAAGCCAUUCUUUCCCUAAGAAGGGUUGAUCGGUCUAGGAUCGAUAUUCAUUCUCUCCCUGCCCCCUUAUUUGCUCCUCCGUCCUCUGUCUCCUCAGCUUGUAGGGGCUAGCUGAAGCUCAUUACCUGUUCACACUAUGUCUCCCGCAAUGGCAGCGAUAGCUGAGAACGAUGAUGUGUUCGUGGAUGAGAGCCAGUACCAGAAGGGAGUCAAGCAUCUAUGCGAGAACGUGAUCUCCAGGGUGCCCUCCAAGUACAUUUUGCCAGUCCAGGAACGACCUAGUAGAACCGUUGGCAUUGAAACUGCAACAUCGAAUGUCAACAGGCAGCUUACAAGCUUGCCCUUGGUCGACUUUGCUGAGCUGAGGAGCCUAUCGGACCGGCCACGAGCCCUCAGGUUGCUGGCCAAAGCCUGUGAGCAGUACGGGUUUUUCCAGCUGGUAAAUCAUGGGAUCCCAAGCAAUGUAAUAAGCAGCAUGACCGAUGCGAGCUCAAGGUUCUUUGAGCAGCCUUAUGAAGAGAGGGCCAAGUACAUGUCAUCAGAUAUGACGUCGCCAGUGCGGUAUGGGACAAGCUUCAACCAGAGCAAAGAUAAAGUCUUCUGCUGGAGAGACUUCCUAAAGCUAACCUACCACCCAAUGUCCCAAGUUCUUCCUCAUUGGCCUUCUUCUCCUGCUGAUAUGAGGGAGGUGGCGGCUACCUACGCGCAAGAGACCAAACAAUUGUUCCUGGAGCUAAUGGAUGCCGUCCUAGAAAGCCUGGGGCUGUCCCAGCUGCCGGGAGAUGACAGCAUUAACAUUAUGGAACAGUUCCAGGAAGGAAGCCAGCUAAUGGUGGUGAAUUGCUACCCUCAAUGCCCCGAGCCCGAUCUGACCCUCGGCAUGCCCCCUCACUCUGACUACGGUUUCCUCACGCUGCUUCUUCAGGAUCAAGUCCAGGGACUCCAGAUUCUGCACCGCGAAGACUGGGUCACUGUCAAGCCCAUCCCCGGUGCAUUCGUUGUCAAUGUCGGUGAUCACCUUGAGAUAUUCAGUAAUGGCAGAUACAAAAGCGUAUUGCACAGAGUCUUGGUGAAUUCUGCAAGGUCUCGCAUAUCGGUCGCAACCCUACACAGCCUACCUUGUGAGUGCACGAUCAGGCCAUCCUCAAAGCUCAUCGAUGAAUCGAACCCAAGGCAGUACAAAGACACAGAUUUUGCGAGCUUUCUUGAAUACAUCUCAUCUUGUGAGCCCAAGAAGAAGAAUUUUCUGGAGUCUAGGAAAUUGUCAACUUGAUAAGAAAAUGAAAGGGCAUAUACUAUUGUGGUAUUCAUUCAUAGAAAUUUGAAAAGAGAAAAAGUCUGUACAAUACAUGAAAGCAGUGUACGUGUUGACUUCUGUGGCCACAUCUAUUAUAUAGCUGUGAUUGGUUGAGAAAAAGUAUAUACAACUCUUCCUUCA